AUGACUAAAGGUGCGAUUUUUCGACGGUUUCUAUCACGGCUAUUUCUCACCGCUCCGGUGACGGUUCUUACAAUUCUCAGCGACUGGGGAAGUUGGUGUUCCACUACUCAAUCGUGGGAAGUUAUCCCCACUCCGAAAUUCUCGAUUCAGAGUGAUGCACAUUCACCUUUGCUUUCGGAAGCAUUGUGUCUUUAUAAAUGGCGAUUUCGGGACUGGAUUUUUACAAAAAUCAGUUUGCAAUUCCCAAAUCACGCUCUUUAUCCUCUUCGUUUCUACAAAGUUUUACAAAAAAUGGGUGAUAAUCUGAGAAGGGCGGUUCAAGAUCUUGACUUGGGUGUUGAUGAUGCACCAAUAGCACUUCCGGCGGAUGUUGUUAAUCAAGCGGCGGCAGAAAACAGAUUUGUCAUUGUGGGCAGACCAACUAUUCCUCGCCGACAAAAUCUGCGAUCCAUCAUUGCAGUUCUCCCUCGCACUUGGGGUCACGCAGGACUUGUUCACGGGCGCAUAAUUGAAGGCGGUCGUUUUCAAUUUGUCUUCCCCACCGAAGAAGCAAUGGCGAACGUACUCCGACGUGGUCCCUGGGCCUUUUCUGAUAGGAUGCUGGUUCUUCAACGCUGGACUCCUCAAUUGAAUCCGGUAAUGAUGAAUUUCAUUCCUUUUUGGAUUCAAAUUAGAGGAAUCCCUUUACAAUUUAUGAAUGAGAAUGUUGUUCGUCAUAUCGGACGUGCGAUGGGUAUGGUGCUAGAAGUGGACUAUGAUGCUGAAGCAGCGGCGAGGGUUGAAUUUGCCUGUGUGUGCCUCAAUUGGGAUAUUACCCAACCUUUGCGUUUUCAGCGUCAUUUUCAAUUCACUGCGGGUGUUAAUACCCUUCUGAGAUUUCGCUACGAACGCUUACGCGGGUUUUGUGAAGCCUGCAGAAUGAUUACUCAUGACACCGGUGCUUGCCUAAUCCAGAAUGGAGGUCCAGACAAUCUUUCUGAUGAUGAAGACAAGGAUGAUAAUGAUCAAGAUUAUCAGCCCCAGGCAGAACAUCAUCGCAACAAUGGAGUGGAAAUCCAUGAGAUGAUGGAGGAUGAACAAUAUGUUGAGGAAGAGCGUAUUGAACACCAAAUCCAAGCCCACAAUGGAGAGCCUAAUAGAGAUAUCCUUGAAGGAGAAAACAUUGGAGAUGGUCCACAAGACGAGAACAUGCCACCAGAAAUGAUACAGGAACACAAUGAAGUGGAAGCUUGCCAUAAUGGAGAUUCGGCCUCAACCUUCCGUGCCAGGAGCUCUGCUCCAAUGGAUAUAACUGGAAUCUUUAAUCCUUCUCUUCAGAAUGACUUUGUUGCAGGCGAAGCAUCUGGAAGUGCUAACCAGAUUGAAAAGGAGCCACUUGCUUUACAAGAUUACUAUCAGGCGUAUUUGGGACAAAAUGAAGAGGGCAAUGGCUCAACUCGUAAACGCAAGCUUGAGGAACAUGAGGAGGUUAUGGCAAGUAAGGUGGUGGUUCGUGAUAAUGAGUACAAUGAGGAAGGUAAGCAGAGCAUCGAUCAGAUUCAAGGAGUGGUGGGACCUUACCCACCCAAGGCACCAUGA